CCUCUCCUGCCUUUCCACGUCCCUCUCUCUACCCCUCUCGGCACUGACACCAUGCUGCCACUCCUCCGGUUGCUGCCUCUCCUGCUGCUGCUGCCGCCCCCCGGGUCCCCGGAGCCCCCCGAGCCCCCAGGCCUGCCCGUGCUGUCUCCGGGGGCGCCCCCGCAGACCCCGGAUCUGCUCUACGCCGACGGACUGCGUGCCUACGCGGCCGGGGCCUGGGCGCCAGCGGUGGCGCUAUUGCGGGAGGCGCUGCGGAGCCGGGCAGCACUGGGCCGCGCGCGGAGGGACUGCGGGGCGCGCUGUGCGGCCGAGCCGGGGGCGGCGCUGCCCGCGAGGCUGCGAGACCCCUGGGAGCCACAGCUCCUGCGCGCCGCGCUCCUGCGUGCCGAGUGCCUGGGCCGCUGCGAGGCUAGGGCGCUGGGCGCCGGGGGCGCUGGGCGGCUCCGCGUGGGGCGUGCGCUGCGGGACGCCUUCCGCCGCCGGGAGCCCUACAACUACUUGCAGAGGGCCUACUACCAGCUGAAGAAGCUGGACAUGGCAGCUGCUGCAGCACACACCUUCCUCGUGGCCAACCCGGCUCACCUGCAAAUGAGGGAGGAUAUGGCUAAGUACCGCCGUAUGGCCCGAAUUAGGCCCCAGAACUUCAGAGACCUGGAGACGCCCCCCUACUGGGCUACCUAUGAUGAAGGCCUGGAGCUGCUGGGGCGCCAGGAGGCAGUGCUGGCACUGCCCAGGCUGGAGGAGGCCCUGCAAGAGAGCCUGGCCUACGUGGAGAGCUGCCGAGCAGGCUGCGAGGGGGUGGAGGAGCAGCAGAGAAAUGAGGAGGAGGAGGCGGGAACAGGCAGCCAGGGGGGCCUCUAUGAGGCCAUUGCAGAGCACUGGAUUCGAGUCCUUCAGUGCCGGCAGCAUUGUGUGGAGGACAUAGCCACAAGGCCUGGCCGCAGCUUUCCUGUUCCCGACUUCCUCCCCAGCCAGCUCAGGUGGCUGCACCAGGCACAUGCACAGGUGGGGAACCUGUCCCAGGCCUUGGAGAAUGUCCUGAGUUUGCUGCUUUUCUACCCGGAGGAUGAGGCUGCCAGGAAGGCCUUGGAGCAGUACCAGGCUCAGCUGGGACAGCCACUGCCCAGCGUUGGACCCAGAGAGGACAUCCAGCACUUCAUUCAGCGGUCUCUGGGGGAGAAGCAACAGCUCUACUAUGCCAUGGAGCACCUGGAGGCCAGCUUCAAGGAUCCUGACCCCUGGACUCCAGCAGCUUUCAUUCCAGAGGCACUGAGAGAACAGCUCAGAGAGGAUCAGGAGAAGAGGCCUUGGGACCAUGAGCCUCCACAGCAGAAGCCCUCAGCCCACUGGAAGGAUGUCCUUCUCCUGGAGGGUGUGACCCUGACCCAGGACGCCAGCCAGCUGAACGGGUCAGAGAGGGUGAUGCUGGACGGACUGCUCACCCCAGCCGAGUGUGGGGAACUGCUGCAGCUGGCCAAGGACGCAACUGGAGCCAGGUCUGGCUAUCAGGGCCGCCGGUCGCCCCACACACCCCACGAACGCUUUGAAGGGCUCACGGUGCUCAAGGCCGCUCAGCUGGCCCGGGCUGGGGCGGUGCGCCCCCAGGGCGCCAAGCUGCUGCUGGAGGCCAGCGAGCGCGCGCGGACCCUGACGCAGGCCUACUUCUCCCCGGAGCGGCCGCUGCACCUGUCCUUCACCCACCUGGUGUGCCGCAGUGCCGUCGAGGGAGAGCAGGAGCAACGCAUGGAUCUGAGUCACGCGGUGCACGCUGACAACUGUGUCCUCGACCCUGACACCGGCGAGUGCUGGCGGGAGCCCCCAGCCUACACUUAUCGGGACUACAGCGGACUUCUCUACCUCAACGAUGACUUCCAGGGCGGGGACUUGUUUUUCACAGAACCUGAUGCCCUUACUGUGACGGCCCAGGUGCAUCCUCGCUGUGGACGGCUAGUGGCCUUCAGCUCAGGCGGGGAGAAUCCCCACGGAGUGUGGGCAGUGACACGGGGUCGACGCUGCGCCCUGGCGCUGUGGCACACGUGGGCGCUGGAACACAGGGAGCAGGAGAGGACCGAAGCCCAGGAGCUGCUGAAGGCAUCCGAGGAGGAGGGGGAGGAGGAAGAGGAAGACAAUGGCAAAGACCCUUCCCCGGAACCCCCUGGCCGCGUGCUCCAAGGGAUCCACAAGGCUGCGAAGCCGUCUCGGGUUCGAGAGGAGCUUUGAGGGACUGAGCCAGAAGCUUGAGGAUGUGGCCACUUGCUGCCAGGAUCCACAAGAGGCCCCCUUGAGCCAGGAGCAAGAGCACAAGCUCUGUCCUGAGCCUCCGCCGUCGGGGGGUCCCAGGGCCCUGCAGCCCGGAACUCAGGAGACACUCGAGAAGGCCGGGGCGCCCUGAGCUGUGCCGCGCGGAUGGACCUACAGCUCCAGGACAGAAAGAAGACAAGGCCUCGCGGGCACUACCGGACAGGGGUGGGGCUGACGGCCUGAAAGAGGAAGGGAGGGGAGGAGCUUUGUCAGCCUGUCAAUAAAGAGCCAGCAGCUGGCUGGCUCCGCCUCCA